AUGUUCAUUGCCAGAUCCGAAUAUGACCGCGGAAUCAACACCUUCUCUCCGGAAGGCCGUCUAUUUCAGGUCGAAUACUCUCUCGAAGCUAUCAAGCUAGGUUCCACAGCGAUCGGUGUUGCUACAUCGGAGGGAGUCAUCCUUGGUGUCGAGAAGCGUGUGACAUCUACAUUGCUCGAGGCUUCAUCUGUGGAGAAGAUCGUUGAGAUUGAUCAGCACAUUGGUUGCGCUAUGUCCGGUCUCCAGGCCGAUGCCCGCAACCUGGUCGAGCACGCCCGUGUCGAAUGCCAAAACCACGCAUUCCACUACGCCGAGCCCCUGCGCGUCGAAAGUACCACACAAGCCAUUUGCGACUUGGCCCUCCGUUUUGGUGAGAGCGGUGACGAUGAGGAGAGUGUUAUGAGUCGACCAUUCGGUGUCGCAUUGUUAAUUGCUGGAUAUGACGAGGACGGGCCGCAGCUGUACCACGCUGAGCCCUCGGGUACAUUCUAUCGAUAUGACGCCAAGGCUAUUGGCUCCGGAAGCGAAGGUGCACAGGCGGAGCUGCAGAAUGAAUACCACCGUUCCUUGACGCUGGCCGAGGCUGAAACUCUGGUUCUGAAGACGCUGAAGCAGGUCAUGGAGGAGAAGCUGGAUUCUAAGAACGUCCAGUUGGCCAGUGUGACCAAGGAGAAGGGCUUCCGCAUCUACAAUGACGAGGAGAUGGGUCGGGCUGUCGAGCAACUGGGUGGAAACCAAUAA